UUAACGACGAGCAACUUAAUAUCUAUUUCUACAGGAUGUUUUAUCUGGUAUUCAUCGGCGACAAGUGUUCAACUCCAGGCCAUUUUCAACAUGGGUGGGAUAAAAGGUAACGUCAUGUUCUACCAGUCGCAACAAGGUAGUCCCACAAGUAUCUCACUUAACUUAACAGGUAUCAAGAACGAAACCCUGACUUGGGAUGUUCGACAACUUCCAAUGAUCUACGAUGGUAAUGCAGCUAUGAGUUGCAGUCCAAGCGUAGUUGGAGAUCUGUUUGACCCUGCGAUGGCCAUGAAAUCUGCAGACUACAAUAGCUCGUGCAGUCAAUCAAGUUCUUCAAGAUUUCAAGUAUGUGCCACUGGUGACUUGACAGGAAUGCUGGGAGCUAUAAAUGCCAGCAACGCACAGAAAAAUUUUACAGACCAGAAUUUGACUGUUCCUAUCAGAGGGGCCAACAGCAUCAUGGGCAGAACACUUGUUCUUUACAAGGAUGGCACACCAAGGGCUUGCUCACUGAUUAGCCCGGAUAAAGUUAUGCUUACAGCAGUAGCUGUCUUCACUAUGCCGGUUGCUGGUUUUGUGUAUCUGCGGCAAGCUGAUGAGAGCGCAGAUACAACUAUAUUCGUUAACCUUUUCCAUUCCAACGAUGCUCAAUCUGGUAGACGGGUUACAUGGCAGAUAAACCAAGCAUCAGCUACUUGCGGAAUGCCCGGUGACGUUUUCAAUCCUGAAAACAGAGACAAGCAAAAUUGUAGCCAGUUAGAACACGAAAAAUGUCAGAUUGGUGAUUUGACUUCCAAGCAUGGAAACAUCACUGUCUCCAUGGCAACAAGAGGACAGUCCAAAACCAAAGUAGCCUUUACCGACACCAACCUUCCACUUACUGGUGUCAAAAGCGUUAUUGGCAAGACAAUUACAUUGUUCUCAAGUGACGAUUCAAUGACCCCUUUUGCUUGCGCAAAGAUAAUGCAAGUAAAACCGAGAGUUCUCAUAUCUACUUUCAAAGCCAGUGUUCAUGAUGGUGUAGACGGCUAUUUCAAGUUUACACAGCUCUCUCCCUUUGAUCCAACGAUGACGGAAAUAAGGCUCACUGGAUUAAGAAAGGAGUCUCAGGGAUAUCACAUUCACAACUAUCCCAUGCCAUGGCAAAUGAAGUACACCGGAAUGGAAUCCUGUGCAGGGAGUCACUUAGGAGGACACUGGAACCCCUUUGGCGUGGAUGUCAAGUCCAGUCCUUCGCCUGGAACUGGUAUGUAGCUAAGUACAAUUUUAGCCUCAAUUUUACAAUUUCCUCCUCAUACAAUUCUAAGAGCUGAAACGUCACACACGCAUGAUAAACGGUUCACGUAUUUUUCCAUACGUUUUCGUGGACCACAAGCCCAUUCAAUUUAUUUAACGAUCACCUCAUCUUCCAUAUUUUUGAUGAUUUCUCAAAAGUUAUCUAGAACGUUACUCCAGACAUCCAUCACAGGGUUACCCAGCCUGUCGCCGGUACCCAUUUAUACCCCUGGGUUCACCAAAGUGGAGCAAAUUACUUAUCCAAGAAAGCUACUCUGCAGCCUGACUUUAGCCCGGAUCUUCGCAUCUCUCACGAGGUUGUUUUUAACGUUGAGACUCCUUUUCUAAUAGGAACGAAUGAUCAGUACGAAAUCGGUGACCUUAGUGGGAAAUAUGGAACUUUUCUUAACCUAACAAGCUACACCGGAACACAUUUGGACUACAAUCUUCCAUUGUUUGGUAAAAACAGCAUCCAGGGUCGUUCUGUUGUCAUCCAUAAAAUGAAAGUAAUGAACAGCAUGAGAUGGGUCUGUGCAGAUGUCCAUCAGAAAAUGGCUGAAGUGGACAAAAUGUUUGUCAUGAGAACCAAAAUAACUUUUACGGGUCCAGAUGUUAUGGGGUACAUACUUUUGGUAAGUGAGUUUUAUUGCCAUUAUUCUGUCUAAAAACGCGAUCGAGGAAAAAAAAACAAAAACAAACGAACAAAAAAACUUUUCAAAAAAAGAAAAACAGCGGAACUAGUUGAUAAUUCUAACUGUCAGAAUUGCUAUUUAUGACACUCUUAAUUUACUUUUAAUGCUUGUAUUCUUAUAGAUAUAUAGCGAUACAUUCUUAUCAUACAUUUUCAUAGAUAUAAUUUCAUCACUAAAUAUCCUGACACGUAUAUAGAGUUUAUUAUUAUUAUUAUUUUGGCAGACCGAUCAUGCUCAAUUGAAACAGUUGUGCGAGAUAUUUCUCUGCGCUUGAAAAUAUGGCGUAGCAUUUUUAUGUCCAGCAUAUUUAAAAGAUUUGUUUUGCUUUUACUUCUUAAGGGAGCUGUGUCACGAAAUUAGGAAAUUACAAAAUGCCCGUUAAAUUAAGAGAAACAUAAAAAUAACCACUUUUAACUUUAAAGGAAGGUUAAAAUAACAUAAUAGAAGCAACAGAUGGCACGGAUGGGCAAAACUGAAGAAGACUGAAACGGAUUGAAAUUAGGGUUUUGGAAAACUGUUCAGCCUAACAGUGUUCCAAAGUUGAUCCCUGCUGCUUGCAACUUCAAAAAUAAUGCUCAGGAGACAUAUUUGUUUGUCUCGGAUCUCUGAUUUUGUCAUUUACAUGUAAUUUCUUUGCUUCUUUUAAGUUCCAUAGCGAUUGAGGGCGCGUAAUUGGCAAAAUUAAACAAAAUAACUGGACUGCUGUGACACAGCCCCUGUAAGGUAAUCAAGCGGACAAUGAACCAUGUCCAAUUCACUGAUUUAGUUCAUAUACCGUGGGACAUAUGUGCAUAUGUAAAUAUCGAGAGAAGAUUUUCCAGAGCAUUUAUGCAUUUCCAGUCAUGAUAAAAAAAGAGAAGACAAAACAUCAACCUCAUCUAAUUUGUUAUUCAGAUUGACUAUAAAUACACUUAUGCGUAGUCUUGACAACUGUAUUAACUCCACUUUAUAUAGAUACAGUACAAGACGUCCGAUAGCUCUAUGUCGCCCGAGGAGACAUCGAUUUAUGUUCAUCUGUCGUAUGGGAACGAGGCAGGCAAACAGGUAAAAUAAUAAUUAGCACAACUACUUCUUUGUUCUAUCUGAAACUAGCUGCAUGGUUAGCAUAACUUAGCUUGAGCACACACCAACCGGUUGCAAAUAAGACAAGGAAAAAGAACGCGAGAGUGAAUAAGUUAUCCCGAUGGGAAAUUUGAAAGUGGGUGGGGGUUGUUGGGAGGCCGGAACCUAUUUCCCCUCCCCUUUACCUUCGAUGCUUCGUUUUAGCGCCCUACCCCCCGAUCGAUAGGCUGCCCGGUACACAGGGUAUGUAGUCUCUGAAAAUAUCAAAAGUUUUUUUACGCCAUUUUCUUAUUCGGUUGCUGUGGGCUUGUGGUAUAGCGAAAGUCACGCUGACGUCAUCUGUUGAUAUUAAUAUGCCAAUCACAAGCGCGUUGGUUCUUGCAACAAAAGAUUCUUUUGUUUUACUACAAUCUCUGUAAAUAGUAAUGUAUCCUAUAGCUUGACUUGUGGUUUUGUUUUUCUUUAUCAGAGUAUGAAUCACUCGUGGCACGUGCACGUGAAACCCGAAGGAGGGGACACGCACGCUGCGAUGGGCGAGAGAUGCAAGAGUCUGGGGGGACAUUAUAAUCCUUACAAUGUUGACUUGGCUGUAAGUAUUGUCGCUAAUAUAAUAAACCUUAAGCUCUUAAUGGUAACUUACGAUCACGAUUCCUUUUAUCACUGCUUGAAAAGACAUGUUUUUUGCCAGGACGUGGCGACUAUGAAGUCUCUGAAAUGAGAUCAUACUUGUUACCGUUUAAUUAACAAGGAUUAACUUUAUUUUCUAAAUGACCUUAGGCAGUCCGGGAAAGGCAUAAGAAAUAUACUCUGCUGUUCUCGUGCACUAGUUUGCUAAUUUGCCGUGAGAAAAUACUUAUCUGAUAAUAACCAAAAGAAAAAUUUAAGAUGGUCAAACGGUUACUCAGGCCAUGGAAAAAAUUUUGUCAGUUGUGAGUUAACCACAUUUGUAAAUCAUUUGUCACUUAGAUUUUGGGCUAUUUGUCAGUUGUCAUCCAUUACUGAAAUUCAAGCCGUUUUUCAAUUGUGAACAUGUUAGAGAGCCGUUCUGACUUGCGAUGUUCAGAAUUAUCGUUGGUUUGUUUGAUACACCUCCUAAUGGCAUCGCCUGCCAUAUACUUCAAAAAGGACCAAAUAAAAAAGCUAGUUCUUUCCGCACACAAAAGUUAAAUGCUAUUCGGAAGGUGAGUAAGAAGAAUAUCAUUGGCAAUGAAGCUUGAUAAACGUUAAAAAAAUGGACUACAGGAUGUCGUGUUUCAGUUGCUAGGUUGUAGUGCUCCUACGCUUGAAGGAUCAUUUUGUUGUAUUCAUUAGUUACAGAUCUAUACUGUAUGUUUGUGUUUACAGGGAUCGUAUAAGUCAUCCUGUUUUUCUAGCAAUAUGUUGCGUUGUGAAGUUGGUGAUCUUUCUGGCAAGCAUGCGCGGUUGAAUGUUGGUUCAGGGAAGCAGUUUUAUACAGAUCCAAGCCUUCCAUUAUUUGGAGAAAUGUCAGGUAAAAGAAAAACCUUAACCCCUACUUACAUGUCAAUAGUUUCUCCGGGAGUUUUACUGUGCAUCACCAAAAUAGGAAGGAAACAGCACCAGACUGUUCAAGAAAAGAAAAAUGGUUUUACUUAAUGAUCAGUCAGUGGUCAUGACCACUUACAGCAGCUAAUUAAGUGUGUGAAACUGUUUUUGACCACUGAAUGGAUUUGCUAGCCUAUUUUAAUAGACAAUUUCGAACAGUGAUUCACUGAUGUGUGCAAUAUUAAUUUUUUUUCCAGUUGUUGGUCGUGGGGUUGUCGUGCACGCCGAAAACGCUGGAGCAGCCCGCCUUGCUUGUGCUACCAUCAAACCAGUAGAUUCUCUGUAUGUUGAGAAGACACUACACUACGUAGAAGGGACGACAUUUUCCAGGUAGGUUUUGCCCAGUUGAAUUUGCAUGAGAUAGAUACAAAAAGGGCAACAACAAUUUCCAGCUUUUUCGGCUAACAUAGGGGCGGGGGCGGAGCGGGGGGUGCUUUAACACAGAGAUUGUUAUGUUGCUAUGGUAACAUGUUUUAAAUUUCAAGGAAAUGAUCUCCAUUUGCCCCCAAUAGUUGCCAUUUGUUUCAUCCCACUUUUAAAAGGUGUCAGCAAAUGUUAAAAAUACAGUCGCGCUUGUCAUCAAAGAGUAGGCUUUAAGGAAAAACACUGAAGGCUGCCACCUUAAGUGGGUGGCCGAGAUAACUUGUCAUAAAAUCAUUUAAAAUUGGCGCCAAAACUUCUGUUUUUCUCUCUCCUUUAAACCGUUUUGAAACUCAUAGUCAAGUACACCAGAUUAAAAAUUUCCACUUAUAGUUAAAUAGAGAAUCUGAUGCUAAUUUCCGCACAAGUUGUCGAAACGUCAGACAACUGAUUUUGCAGGCAGGUCAACACUCAACGGUUGAUCAUAUACGACGAGACCUGCUCGUAAAAUAACCCCUGAGUUUUGAUAUUUCACCUUCCAGUGAUAAAGGGAUUACAAAUUCCUCUGUCGUAAACUAUCACUACCGUACUCAUUAAAAAAAAUGUUAGAUAUAUAUUGCGAUUUUGAAGACGGCGAUAGCAUCAGAACGAAACCCGGGGAUGGAGGUGGGACGCGCCAAAGCCAGGGGAAAGCGCCCUGGGGACGAGGUAGGAUAUACACACUCCUCGCUCGAUCAUAAUAUUCAAGACAAAGCUGAAUUUAAAAUGUCCUUUCGUUCUCUUGUAGAUUGAACUUUACAAAAAGGGUUUCAGCGUUGCUUAACAUCCCAGAGUGGCGGAUAUUUUACAUUAGAAUGGAGAACAGUCAAGUUCAAGGCUGUAUAACUGUCAAGUUUGGAAUCAUGGGAAAUGGUUAGUGAUAAAGUGUAAACCUUUGUUAGCCUCUCGAUCGACUCAUUUAAUAAAAUUGUUAUAGUCGAUGAGUCAAUUUAAAGGGGGAAAACUCAUCCAAUUCAUUAGAUUUCAAAGUUAUAAAAGCUCCAAUCUUUAAUUUUGUGCAAAGAAAUUAAUGUAUGUCAGCCCUCCUUGGUGAACCGCUUUGCCAAUUCGUCAUGAAAUUGAGAUUCAGAAACAAAGUUGCUCAAGACAUAUCUGUUUUAAUUUAAAAUCUCGAAUGCUCGUCCGGUGGUCGCUGACUGUAAUCACUAUUUUUUUAUUCAGAGGUGCUACGAUUAUAGCUUUAUGACAAAAGAAGAGUAGACUAAGAGUUAUUCAUGCUAAUGAGGCAGAAAUUUUGAACAAGGAUUACGUAAGGAUUCGCCUCUGGAUGUGAUUGUUUAUAACUAGAGAGGUUUUAAUGAUUUAUAUCUUUUAUUCAACCACUAACAGAAAAGCAAGUCGAUGAACCAUCCAAAGCCUUCGAUCUAAUUUUACAAAGAUCCUCAGGAAAACUAAUGGAGUUUCAACCCAAAGAUAAAUGUCGCAAACCAGGUAAGAAACAAGAGACAUGUUUUCCUGUAAAGUUACAGUGUGCAGAAAUUGCAAAACAAUAUAUGGAAUUUCCCAAUAUUCUGAACUACAUCAUGCAGGGAUCAUGUGCAAAUCUGAGGAUCGUUCUUAAACGUUAGCGCAACAGCAUUGUUUCUGACUUGCUCCUGGGGGACGCUUUAAUAUGAACGUGAUGGAAAUCUUUGGGGAAUGCCUGACAUGAUAUUUUGGCUCUUCAUAGCCUCUGUUGGUAGCCGUUCUUUGGUUCGUUUCCUUACGACACAAAAAUCGUAUUAGACUAAUCAAUACCCUGAGAGAUGAAUUCUCCCUAAAAGACUACCCAAAACUAGGAUCAAUUGAGUUCCGUGUCACUGACCUCCUACCCCUCCCUUAAGACACAAUGUUUCCCUAAGCGAGAAGUAAGUGUUAAUGUUGACUUAGGGAGGGGUAGGAGGUUAGUUACCCGGAACUCAAUUGAUCUUUGUUUUGUCUAGCCUUAGAGAAAAUUCAUUCAGUUACCCACAAACUCAAAACAAGCAAGGCGUGGCGUGGGUUUAAAAAGAAUCCUCUCAUCCAUCUGGGAAGUACCCUCAAGACUGAACCGGGCCGUCCUGGACUUUGUGUCAGGACGUCUCCGACAUGUGUGAUAAGCAAAGUAAACGGGGGACGUCUAAAUUCAAGUAAAAUUGCAAGCCCACGUGUAGGUCGAGAGCAUGAACAUCUUUUUCAGUUUUAGUUUCAGUUUAUUUAUUUGCCAGAAAAAAAUGUAUACACAUAGCUGGCCGAAUUUUUGAUAACUUUAUCGCCAAAUGGACCUUUUGCUUUUUUUGUUAUUGCUUUUUUUUUCUCCUCCUUUCCUUCUCCUCGUUCUUUCUUUUUCUCCUUUCCUUAAUUUUCCUUCGUUACUAUGAUUUCGGAGUUUCUCGGGCUCAGGAAACAAGCCUUUUGACGCUUCUUCACUCAAAUGACUGCAAAUUUCGUUAGGUUGGUUUUCAAAAAAUCAGCUAGAUAUACAAACAGACAUUCAAUAUAUUACAAAAAUAUUUAGUUAAAUAUUGAGGAGACGUAAAUUGUAAGAAUUCAAAGUAUUGCACGAAGGCUAAACAACAACCCUUGCAUCGCGAUACUGACGCCUUUUCACUUCUCUUUUUCUCUUUUUUUUUCAGAAACUACGACUGUUGUUUCUACCAGUGCUGCAAGAGCUAAUUUCAUUAACAAGUUCAUCAUUCUUUCGAACAUUGUUUUAGGUAUAGCAUUGUGCAUACGCUGA